AAAAAACGAUGUAAAAAAGUCACUAUUAUAGGCAACUAACUAACUGGGGAGAUUUCAUGCUAAUAUAUUUUAGUAUGAAAUGUUUUUUUCCCACUCUUUAAUUUAUUGACCUUCUCUGCAUUAGGCCACAGAUGACCUGUAACUUCUUUAUGCAGCCUGUUAUAUAUGUAUGACAAACUUACCGAAUUCCACGACUAAGUCAACUACAUUAAUUAAGCCUAGUUACAUACUUUACACCAAAACACUGAUUUAUGGCCCAGAUUCUCCUGACUGGUGUGGCUGACUGGCGUCACCAUUCCUGCCACUUAGCCUCGGUUUGUAAAACCUAUCACCUCCUGCGCCUUUAUUGCUCCAUUUCUCUCACCUUGCGCUGCUAGUCAUCCAUCACUGCUCACUAGACAGCCUAAUGUGUGUCGAACAAUGUCAUUAAGGUGCAUUUUCAUUCCAUUAAGAAUCGUGUAACUCAAAGGUCCUGAAUCUGACAUCACGACAUUUCCUGUGCGUCAUUUUAUCAUCCAAAGGUGCACAAAGAGGGAAAAAAGGACUACAACCAUUUUUACCUUUCGCUACAGUGUACAUAUUAUUAAUCAUAUUAACAUAAAUACUGAUUUAAUUCGAGUUUUGACAGGUCAGCCAAAAAAAAAAAAAAAAACAAGUAGUCAAGAAAUUCUUUAAAAAUGCCAUCCACGUGAUCAUUUCCUUGACAGUUUCGAUGUUUGUGACACACCCAGCAUCCACUCAGACGCACGCCCACUUGGAUAGACUAUUAUUUGCUGUUAUUAACCCAUUAAAAUCGUGAAAGGAGCCUCAGUUAAGCAGAAAUUUUGAGAAAUCCCAGAUUGAUUGGAAUCGUUCUGCAUUGUGUAGCGGGGCUCUAGGUUUCAGUCAUACUGCAGAGUGAAUGUGGGUGAUAUCUAAUUAGUGGGGAUUAUCCUCACCUACACCUCCCCAGCUCUGUGCGCAGGACCUCGCCCAGCCGUCCGUCUAUUGUCCUGGCGCUGAGUGAAUUGUUGUUUUGCGGGAUUUUAAGUGGCUUAUAGGGGAUUUGACAAGUGUAAGCGAUUAGAUUUUUUUCUUUAAAAAAACACGCAGUCUUAAUCACGAAUUUCUCUUGCAAUUAAAUCACACUAAACGCAUGUAAUGACAGAAACUGGCAUGAUUGCUGACGAUGAUGGCUAAAUAAAGACCAUUAGCAGAAUUAAACGUGAUAACACUAAAUAGAUAAUCCAGGAUUUCUGCAAAAAUGAUGAAUAUCAACUUCAUGUAUUUUUAAGAUAGGCUAUGUCUAAACAAAACACACCAUAUAACAAAAUGACUAAACACACUAAACUGCAAUUUAACACUUAACGCAUUAAAGCUCCAAUGUGUUUAUACUCUUGUAAAUUCCAGACUGUUUUCACACCAGGUUGUUUCCCAGGGCAACAUCUAUUAUCCUAUUAUCAUGGCGAUGCCAAUUUCGCCGAUGUGUGAGGCAGUAUUUACAUGACUAUAUACCUUCACUCCUGAAAGACUUUAAAGCUUUGUUGUCAUUGUGUGUCCCUCUGGGACACUGGUGCCAUUUCCCAAACAUUUCAACAACACACGAAGCCUCGCUAUGGUAUUCAUUAUUGUAUUUCCGUAAUGUAUGACUGCCUUUAUUAAUUAUGAACCCUAUUGAAUGUCCUCUGGAAAGGCCAAGUUGUGCUGUGUUGUGAAUGGUACGUUAUUGGGUUCUGUGCAGCAGCCAGCCCCUCUUGAAAUGCCCUCACAAUAAAUCACUGCAGCACGUUCAGUUUAAAAUAACAGCGGUUAUGCGUAAAGUAGUAGCUCUGCAGUGACCUCAGUGCACAAAGAUGCUUGAAUAUUUGUCUAAUAGCAUCAUUUUCAUCUUCUCAACUUUACCUGUAGUUUAAUAAACCUCAAAUUCAGUGAUUCCUGUAUGUAUGUAGGGUUUCUUUAUCUGUAAUGUUCAUAUAACACAUACACUCUCCGUAUGCUUCAAUUCGUGGGAAAAGCAUAUAGGGAUUAAAGCCUGGGAACGACAGGUGAAUGAAUGAGGGGCUGUUAAACCGUCUGCGUCACUUCUUUGAAGUGCACUUAUGCACCGCCAGCUCCUAUUUGUCUAUGGGACGCGGCCAUCAAUGUCGUCGUUGACGAAAUUUCACAGUGAAACGUUACCUGCAGGACAAAUCUGUCAAUCAACGGGGCAAGACCAUAUAAAUAUCAUCAGUCCGCAGUGGGGCAACAACUUCAGUUCCCUGCUUCUCUCUUAGCGCUUCACAUCUGGAAUAAGACAAACAGGCCUCUGACUGGGCUAUACAGCUGCUAUGGGACCACUGGAUCUCCACACAGCCAUGGUUCUGUCCAUGUGCUGUCAUUUUCAGCUGACAUCUGCUUGGUAUGUUGAUUACCUUUGGAGAAGUUAAUUUCAAAAUAGUUGUGCAACUCGUAUUUACUGUGGCUAGUGACCUGGGAGUAAAAUGCUUGUUUUGCUUUCUCUCUGCAGGACAGUGAACAACUUUCUUAUGACUGGACCAAAGGCUUUUCUCACUUAUGCGAGUAGCGUGCAAGUGGGCGCACAGUGUGGAAUACAAGAGUGUAAACACCAGUUUGCUUGGGAGAAGUGGAACUGUCCAGAGAGCACGCUUCAGUUAUCUACACACAACGGCCUCCGAAGUGCCACAAGGGAGACGUCUUUUGUCCAUGCCAUCAGCGCUGCCGGAGUGAUGUACACGCUCACCAAGAACUGCAGUAUGGGUGAUUUUGACAACUGCGGAUGCGAUGAUUCCAGAAUUGGACAGACAGGGGGUAAAGGAUGGAUUUGGGGAGGCUGCAGUGAUAAUGUGGCUUUAGGAGAGAAGAUCUCCAAACAGUUUGUGGACGCGCUGGAAGAUGGACAUGACUCCCGCGCAGCAGUCAAUCUGCACAACAACGAGGCCGGCAGGCUGGCCAUCAAAGCUACUAUGAGGAGAGCCUGUAAGUGUCACGGAGUGUCUGGAAGCUGCAGCAUCCAAACCUGCUGGAUGCAGCUGGCUGACUUCAGAGACGUUGGAAACUACCUGAAGAUGAAGCACGGGCAUGCAAAGAAGCUGGAGAUGGACAAGAAGCCGGCGAGGGCAGGGAACACCGCGGACAACCGAGGUGCCAUCGCGCACACUUUCCGGAGCAUCGCCAGAACGGAGCUCAUUUACCUGGAGGAUUCUCCGGAUUACUGCGUCAAGAACCAGAGCCUGGGACUGCAGGGCACAGAGGGACGAGAGUGCCUGAAGGGCGACAAGAGCAGGUCCCAGUGGGAGAGAAAGAGCUGCCGCAGGCUGUGCUACGAAUGCGGCCUCAGAGUGGUGCAGAAGCGCAUCGAGGUUGUCAGCAGCUGCAACUGUAAAUUCCACUGGUGCUGCACCGUCAAGUGUGAAAAAUGCACGCAAGUCGUUACUAAAUAUUACUGUGCACGGAAAGAAGGUGGGAGAAAGCAGCACAACAAAGCAAAGCGCAGGCUUCGUGCGCGCCAACAGUGAUUUC